AUGGCGGUGUGGACGCGCGCCGCCAAGGCGGGGCUGCUGGAGCUGCUGCUGCGGGAGCGCUGGGUGCGGGUGGCGGCGGAGCUGAGCGGCGAGGCGCUGAGCCUCACCUCGGAGCCGCCGCCCGAGCCCGCGGGGCCGCCCAACGGGCUGCCCAACGGCGCCGAGUGGGGCGCGGCGGGGGGCGGCCCGGAGCCGCCCCCGGCCGAGCCGGCGCCGCCGGGCGUGCGGCGGGUGCGGGUGGUGAAGGCCGAGGCGGGCGGGCUGGGCAUCAGCAUCAAGGGCGGGCGCGAGAACCGCAUGCCCGUGCUCAUCUCCCGCAUCUUCCCGGGGCUGGCGGCCGAGCGCUGCGGCGCCCUGCGGCUCGGGGACGCCAUCCUCUCGGUGAACGGCACCGACCUGCGCGAGGCCACCCACGACCAGGCCGUGCAGGCGCUGAAGCGGGCCGGCCGCGAGGUGCUGCUGGAAGUGAAGUUCAUGCGGGAAGUGACUCCCUACAUUAAGAAGCCAUCGCUGGUGUCAGACCUCCCAUGGGAUGGGGCAGCUCCCCAGUCACCGAGCCUGAGUGGCAGUGAGGACUCCGGCUCACCGAAGCACUACAAUGGCACCAAAGACAGGAAGGUGAUCCCUCUGAAAAUGUGCUUCGCCGCCAGGAACUUGAGCAUGCCAGACCUGGAGAACAGGUUGAUAGAGCUGCACUCACCGGACAGCAGAAACACCCUGAUCCUGCGGUGCAAAGACACAGCGACCGCACACUCCUGGUUCACGGCAAUCCACACCAACAUCAUGGCCCUCCUCCCUCAGGUGCUGGCUGAACUCAAUGCCAUGCUAGGUGCCAGCAAUGCCACAGGAAGUAGCAAGGAGGUCAGACACAUCGCUUGGCUGGCAGAACAGUCUAGACUAGAUGGAGGAAGGCAGCAGUGGCGGCCCAUCCUCAUGGCUAUGACAGAGAAGGACUUGCUGCUCUAUGAUUGUAUGCCCUGGACAAGAGACGCAUGGGCAUCACCUUGCCACAGCUACCCUCUUGUUGCUACCAGGCUGGUUCACUCUGGCUCCGGGCGCAGAUCACCUUCUCCGGGAUCCGAGCUCACCUUUGCAACGAGGACAGGAUCUCGCCAGGGCAUUGAAAUGCACGUUUUCAGGGUGGAGACGCAUCGGGACCUCUCCUCCUGGACCAGGAUGCUAGUUCAGGGCUGCCACACUGCUGCGGAGCUGAUAAAGGAGGUGUCCGUAGGCUGCACUUUGAAUGGUCAGGAGGUGAAGCUCACAGUCCAUUAUGAAAAUGGAUUCACUCUCUCCAGGGAGGAGGCAGGCUCCAGUCGCACCCUGUUCCUCUACCCCUUUGAGAAGCUUAGAGUGUCUGCAGAUGAUGGCAUCAGGAACCUCUACUUGGAUUUUGGUGGCCCUGAGGGGGAGCUGACUCUGGACCUGCACUCCUGUCCGAAACCCAUUGUUUUUAUGUUGCACACUUUCUUGUCAGCCAAAGUCACCCGUAUGGGACUGCUUGUGUAAGAGGUGAAGGGUUCCAACAGCCCUGAACAACACAUCUACUGUCCCAGCAGCAAAAAAGCACAAAAGACCCUAGUUUGUGGUGUCCUCCUGCAGUACCAGUGCCUUGACAAAGACUGACUCAUGCCAGAACCAUGAUGGUGUGGAAGGAAGCUCCUGCCCUCCUCAAAGCCAUAGCCAGAAACUCCAGCCUCUCCACAAUUCCCUGGAAUAACUGUGCCACAUGCCUAGAAAAUGCUGAGGCCAGGCUGCUGCUGGUAGCACAAUAGUUUCCAGCCCCUUCCUGGCUGCUGGCAAUUUGAGACUCUUCUUCCUGACACUCCUGGGAUUCGAUUGUCACCCUGAAGACUCAGCGUCAAGCCGAGCAUCCGUCACUCAUCUGUUGCAAGAAGAGCCAUUGGCAUGGGACUGUGAGGGGGGAGGUUAGGGUCGGAACUAGAACCAGUCCAUAUGACGCCAUUUUUAUUGCUUACCAAAUGUGCCUUUGGUGUAAGGUGGGUUGGUGCUUUACUGGAGAUGGAGAUGAGGAGACUGGGAGUUCAGUGCUGGUCGCUCUGGAAGUGUGUUCCAUGAGCCCCCGCCCUCAGCUUGUUCCAAGCUGACCCAGCUCCCUCUGUUGCCACAAAGCCACUUUCCCAGGGAUCCUUGGUAAGGAAGAGGCCUGUCCUUCUCACUAGCCAGUGGGUUUAGAUCCCCCUUGCUGAGUGGGAUGGAUAGGGAGAUUUCAGUCACUUUUCUGACUUGCUUUGGGCACCUGGAAACAUCCUAAAUACAGAGCACUUGGUGCUUUUCGCUGAUGCUUCUUAUCGAGGCCCCCGAUGGUCAAAUGUGACAGGACAGAUGCCACAUGGCUGGAUCAGAGGCACAGAAGGGCCAGCUGGUUGCGUGUUCUGAGAUGAGCUGGAAUGUGUAAAGCAGCUGAUGCCCAUAUAGUGAUGCGCACAGCCUCUGGGCCUGGCAACUUCCUCCUGAGACACUAGCAGCACCCUCUCCUUUCCUAGUGCUGGGCUGCCUGCUUCCCUCCACCUGUGCCAAGCCCAUGUGCCCAGGUGUGUGUGCUGCAGAGAGAUGGGUGACGGGGGCCUGUGAAUGACUUUGAAAUACCUGGGCGACAAGGUGGGGAAGAUGGUAUAUUUUAUUGGACCUACUUCUGUCGCUGAGAGGGACCAGCUUUCAAGCCAUGCAGAGCUGUGUGCAUGCUUGCAAUGCUUGUUGGCACAGCCUGUCCCAUUCCUAAAGAAAGUCUUCUGAAGCAUCUGCAGGGCCGAGGGGAGGCAGCUUAUCCACCAGAGGCAGGGAAAUUGCAGUGCUUCCUUCACUCUGGUGGCAGAAUUUGAACACAGGGCUUUUGGAAGCCCCCUCCCAGCACAUCACUGACCUCUUCCCAAAAGGACUCAAGCCACCUGGCAAUGCAGCCUGGCUCAGAACUCCGAGAAAUGGAUUUCACUGCAUAACCCAGACCUUCAGCAGGGCCUGCACCCUCCAGCUCUCUUCCUAGAUUCCUGGUCUCUCUCAUGCUUUGGAAGAACUGUGCCUGGGACACCUAGAGAUGGGGGACAGGGACUCCAGGAGCCCACUGCGCGCACACAGCAGGUGGCUUGGACAGUCCUUUGAGGCUCUGCUUGCUUCCUUGGAGCACCUCUAGCACCUGCUGUUGUGAGCAUUUGAUUCUCAGUGUAGGUUGCUCAGGAUUAACUCCUGGGAUUCAGCUUCACAAGUUACCAGUGUACUGAGCUUUCUGAGACUGGCUAGAGCAGUGGGACACUUACGCCAUCUGCAGACCAGUACGGUAGCCCAUCUCCUUAGCAGCGCAGAUCAACAGCUUGAUGUAACUAGACUUAAGGUGAGAGUUCACAGCACAAAGCUUUUGGAGGUGAACCUAAGAGCUUGCCGCCUCGAUCCUGGCCUUCACACACCGCGAGCCUGUUCUGGGAAAGAAGCGAUCCUGGAGGGCACACUUCCUUUAAGUGAGGUAUGAAGCAAAGCUGAUUUGCCCAGAUUGUCCUGCCAGCACAGCAGCCUGCUGAAACCCUAGGGAGGAAGUGUUCUUCACAGGCCCCUCACAACCGUGUAGCCUAUGCCUGAUGCCUAGCAGCUCACUUCCAAACACUGUUUUAGCAAUCAGCAAAGGCCAGUCAGUUGAAACGUGUUUGUUUAAACAACAAAUCACACCAGGUUAUAACAUACUUAGAAUAGUGUCCUAGCUGAUUGGGGUUUAUGAAGUGAAUAUAAGGUUAAUAUAAAGUGUGAGUUCCCGCACAGUACUGAUUUGGAUAGGUUUGUGUUCACCCAACAGACUGUUGUUUGGAAGAGUUGUCAUUCCAACACAAGGCUGUUAAGCUCUUCAGUCUAUUUUAGCUGCUCUAAAAGAGGAUAUUUUACCUCUAGUAUGGUUGAGGUUUGUCCCAUCAGUACGGCAAGUGCUGGAAAGCACAGAGUCUGCGUGGUGAAAAAUCUACUCCAGGGACAGCAGACUAGUUCUAAGCCUCCGUUCUUAGACAACCCAUAAAGAAAUACUCCUAAUGCCACAGGGUGAUUAAGCUUUUACCAUGUUGGACUAUUUUCUUAUCUGAAUGUCUGUUUUUUUUGUUUAAUUUGCAGCUUCACCACAUUGGUGGCUGUAAAGCAUCUGGAAUACUUUUACAAGUUAGAGGCUAGGCAGUUUGGUCUCUUACCAAAAGCCACAAGUCGACUUAAAUUAGAAUUCUAGACAAGGUCCCGCCUUCUCCCAGGAAAACAUGGCUUGCUAGGAACCAGGUUUACGAGGGUAAAUGUGGGGUCCAUCAGCAGGGGAAUAUUCACACCUGUUGUACUGGAAAGUGAGAGUAGUGUCAAGAUAUCACAUAAAAUGGGAGAGCCCCCCCCCACCCCAUAUUAUUCCUUCGUUCUGCAAACUACCUAAUAAGCUGCUAUGCAAAUUGUGUUGUGCCCUGACUGGUUUCAAGGGGUUAGAUAUCCCUGAGGAUUUCAGGGAAGAACUUGUAGACUUAAGCACUUUCUCUGCUUUUUUUAUUUUGCUCUGACACUUAAGGUUGAGUGGUUGCUAUUUUAAGCUCUGGUGGUGGCCACUGAUUGUCAGUACUGCUCGUGAUCUGUACAAAACUUGCUGUCAGUGGGCUGAACUCUUCCCAAAUCGCCUGUCACUAGCAAAGCUGUGGUUGAGAUCGCAACUGAAAUGUCAAGAAUUGACGCCAAAUGGAAUUGCACGUGGUGGAGGUUUGGUUUAACAAGAGGUUUUCACUCAUUUCAAUUGGAUUUGGAUUUCUCUGGGAGGUGGAGGAGUGUUUAGUACUGCCUUGUCAUGACCACCCACUGCAAGCUGAGCUGCCACCCCUUGUGCACGGAGUAUGGUCUGCCUUCCCCUUUGCAUCAGACACGGUAUAGUUCAUGUGCAGAAAGGCUCAGGCUGCCAGCCUGAAACUGUCUCCCAACAGAUGCAGGUUCCUUCCCAGGCUUCACUGUGUUAGGAAUGACAUUCUGUCCUGUGUAAGCACUCACGUUUGAGCCUUUUGCCACAAAGCCUGAAUUCGAUCCUGACUUGCUUCACCAGUGAAGCCCCUGAGAUCUCAGCCUAGUUCCCAGAGAACCUGUGUCCAAACCUGACCCAUCUUCUCAUUCGCGUGAGCAUCAGUGUCCACUGAAUGGUGGCUCAGGUCUGUUGCGGAUCAGAGAUUCCCCCAAGUACUUGCCAGUUUGCACUCUGCCUAGGUCUCCUCAGGGCUGUCUUUCAUUCAUGCCAAAUAUCUGCCCUGUUACAGAAUGCUGCAUGCCCUUUUGGAACACUGCGAGCCAUCACUUACUCUGGAAGCUCAGGUCCUCUUAGCUUUUAAGGUUUUUAAUGUUUUAACUUGGUAUUAAAAGCCUGUUCUGCAGACUGAAUUUCUGAUGCUGAAGCCCCCACUGUGUCCCAACUCCUCCCCAGAAGUGUUGAGGUACCAGAUUUAUCUGCAGUACAUACAUUAUGUGCCUCACCUGGCUUCGUUUGUUUCUGGUGGCAGCAGGCUCCCCUCUUCCCAGAGCCUGUGUAGAGAUAUGGGGAAAUGUUCAGACUCCUGGGAGCUUGCCCUGUCUUUUCCCUGUAAGAAGGGAAAAGGGCCCCGGAAUGUCUGCAAGAGACUCUCCUCCCGCCUCCUCCCACAUCUAUGCAAACCUCUGGAUUUUUGAGUGAGGUGGUAUGUUGAAAGCUAGAAAAUGCCCCAUGUGGCGCUCCAGCUCUGCAGCUGGAGAGCUGUUAGAGCAUUCCAUGUGGAAGAUACACCACUGAGAGGCAUCCCACGUUAUCCUUGGAAACCAGAGAGGAGAAUAUUUAUGCUGAGCUUAUCUUUUCUAUCCGGAAUAAGAGCAGAUAAAUGUCUUAAAUAUGGCCCUAUCAGCCUGGAUGACCAUAUGGUGGUGCAUAAUUAAACUAGUGAAUGGUGUUUACAAAACCUUAUACAAGCUGUGUAGAUUUUAAAAGCUAUUGGUCCCCUCUAGUCAAGUCAAUUUCUUCUACCAACUCCUCUUCAAACAGCAUUUGUGGGAUCAACUCUCAGAGUUAAUACGCUGCAAAAUCUUUGGAGAUUCUUGUGCUUUCCCCAAUACAACAUUUCUAUGCCUGUGGCUAAUUCCCACAACUGAAAGCAAACGUAGCAUGCAGGGCUUAAUUUGUAAUGAAAGAGGUGCAAGGUUUCAAGCAAUUUUUGUACUUUCCUAACUGACAUGCCAGGCCCAAAGGUGCCAGGUAGCUCAGCCCUGGCAGAAAUUAAGCACUGCUUCCAUGUAGAAACUAGGCUGUACUUUUUUUUUUUUUAAAGGAAGCCAGUAGCCUCUUCGCAUUAGAUAUUAAGCAAUAAAGAAAAUGGACGUGAAACUAGUAAAAGCAAAUGUUCAAGUCUUUGGCUGUGGAUCCCACUCCUGGUGUGCAUGUGCUUUGUGGGAUCCACAUGGACAGAGCAUCUUGAAGCACCACGGUUGCUGUAAGGCUAAGUAACUGUUCUCUACAGCCAGCCCACCUCUGCCUUUUGCCUUUAUGCUGCCAGGAUUUUGCUACAUGAGUUAAUUCUGUUUCUGUUGCUGAUCUUACAGCAUCCUGGCCUGCAACACAGUACAUCAAAACAUUGAUUGCACUUUCAUGUUCUAGAAUUUGGGAGAACUACAGGGCUAGUUCUACCUUGUUUUAAAAAUAAUUUGCAGUGACAUCUCUUCUCUGCCGAAUAAAAUUAAAAAAAUAAAAUCCCAUUGGCACAUCAAUGUUUGUGGUGCUCCAUUUUCCUUUUAGCAUAUCUGCCUGUCUGGGAUCAGCCAGUGUAGGGGAUCUCACUACAGGGUAUCAGUGUUAAGUUUACAAUUUGGGUAAAUAGAGCAUUACAAGCCCCAGGUCCUAAAGACAAGAACCCUGUAGGUAGAACUGCCCCAGGUCACCUGAAUAAUAAAUUGCACCGAACCACUACAAGUAAACUGUUUUUUAACCUGUGCAAACUCUAUGCUGUUUGAUAUGAUAUAAUCAAGGCACAGACUUUAACACUCCCAUGAAAAAACUAAAGUAACAUGCAAUCAAUUUUUUUUUUGUAUUCUUUGUAGUUAACUGUUCAUAUAAUUCUUCCUUUUUUGAUGUUUUUAAUCUCAAGCUUUUGGAACUUCCAGGUUACCAAAUCCAAAUAACCCGAGCGGUGAAAAGCAAGGGAGUUUGUGUGUUUUACAAUCACAUUAAAGCUUUAUGUGUACUCUAUAAAUAUAGAUGCAUAGACAACCUAUUGUCCCUUGAGUUGCAUGUUAACUGUAUAGUAUUGUACAUUACAAUGAAAAUGUAACCUAAGGGCAAGUGUAUCCUUUACACUGUAAAUAACAAUAAAGGCUUUUAUGCUUUUAGAUUUUUA